AUGUUCUUAGAACGUCUGCCGACGUCGGUAAAAACAACUUUGGCCUCUGGCUCCGACGACCUGGACAUAUCAAAGUUAGCGGAGAUGGCUGACCGUAUGAUGGCGGUUGAGCGUUUGUCAUCCCCGACCAUUGCUCAGGUGUCCCAGCCUCUCACCGUGUCCACCUCUGAAUUGACUGAACUAAAGACACAGAUUGCCCAGUUGUCAGCGACUUUUGCCGCUCUGCAGCUGCGCCGAUCCCCCGGUCCCUCUCGACGUUCCUUCGGCCGUCACCGUCGUCGUUCCCGCUCUCGCCCCAGGACCGCCAAUCUAUGUUGGUAUCAUGUCAACUAUGGCGAUAAGGCGCGGCGCUGUGUCCCACCCUGCUCCUUCAAGUCCACGCAGGGAAACUCCUUGGCCGGAGAGUAA